CGUGCUGAAUGGACUGACCGCAUUGAUGGGCGGGUCACGCCUGCAUUCAAAUGACAGACAUCAAAAAUACAUAUACAUAUAUGAUUCAGAUCUUGCUAGCCUCUCCGUUCGCCUUGUCAGAACCGCCAUUUUCGUGACAGUUGACUUAUUUUUGCAGAUGGAGGCCGAGGUCGAGAUCCCCGUGUUGGAUCCCGACUUCAGAACCCGAUCCGUGCCCAGUUUGCACGCCAUGGCCAUGCGUGUGUAUCUUCGAUUUCUGGAGGAUGAAGUGGCCUCCUACAUCUCGUUGGUUCAUUUGGAUUCGCCCAUCUGGAACCCGGUCAAGGAGCGUCUCUUGGCGGCGUUGAAGACCCAUAUCGACCGGCAAGUGUACGGAUACCGGAGUGCCAAGAUUCGACGGGAUCUGUUGGCCGAGGUCUUGGGCGGCCGGAUUCCCAACCCGCGCAAUCGAAACGCCCAUUUGUGUGUGGAUACUCUGCGCACGCAUUCGCCGCUGGAUGACGAUGAUGAGACCACGCAAGGGAUCGAACAGAUCAAGCAAUUCGGCCGUGAAUGCUCGAGUCCGUGCUGCACGGGUGCUUUUAUCGUCGAGGUGAUGAUGGCUGUGAUCCUGAACGAAGAUGUGGAGAGCAUCGUGUUUCCCGAAAACCUCAAGUCCAAGAUCUAUAGGAAGAAACCCAUUCGGAGCUUCUUGUUCUUCGACAUGCCCUCGGUGAUGGUCCAUUACAUUCAGCGAUUGGACCAAGCCCGGAAACAACCUGCCUUGCGCCAUUUGGCCUUCUUCGACUUCAACUUGGGCACCAUCGACGGACAAUUGGUCCAUGAGCGGAUCCUGAAGGCCUUCGGUGAGACCAAGUUGUACUACAAUUUCCCGUGGAAGUUCUCCGGUAAGCUCUCACGAGCCAGUACGGACUUCAUGAUGCUCACCCUAAGCAAAUUGUUCAGUCGUCCCAAGAAUUAUUUCCGCCAUCUCACCUCGAUUCGGUUGUCCUCGGAGUGCAUCAAUGUCAGAUUAAACAUGUACGGAGAUCGAGGUGGACCCGCCGCCAUUCAGCUCAUGGCUGGCAUAGCCUAUUCUUGCCCGGUGCUCGAGACUCUGGACCUGUCUUCCGUGGCCUCCCUGAGUCCGGAGUGUCUAGUGUAUCUGUUCUUUCAAGACACGUUCUCCACCCUACACAAGUACAUGUACUUGCCUUCCUUUCUGGUCUCGAAAACCGGAUCAGUGUACCAUGAUCCUGAGUGGGGUAGAGAUAGCAUGUGGAAACACGAUGGAGUCCGAUAUUGCCCGUGGUGUGAUGAUCCGGCCACGAAGAAUAUGGUGCGUAAAGGUUGCGAGUUCGACGUGAGCGAGUCCUUGUAUGUGAUCGACGAUCGAUUGUACAACUACGUCGAGUAUGUCCGUGGGGACGAGACCAUGGAGGCCAGUUCAUCCCUCCUGAGAGCUAGUCAUUUCUUGUUGUAUUGUGUCAAGGCUUCGGAACUCGUUCGGGCCUUGACUGAUGAUUCGUUUCAACUGACUCGGCCUGCUGAAGAUUCGGAGCGAUCACACUCGCCCGACGACCCGGAAAGCACUCCUAGUGUGGAUUGGUCCGAGGAUGAGUCUGAGGACGAAGGUGUCACGUUUCCAGAAGUGGGAGCCAGGUGCGAGUAUCAAAGGAAACCUCACGGUGAGAAUGGGACCAAGUCAGCAUUAUGUUCAACAUUGAAGGCGUUGACCUUGCCGAUGGAUAUCGUGGAUUCGAAGAAGUGGGUCAUUCCCCUCAUUUUGAGAGCGGUUCCACAACUUCAAUCCUUGGGUGAUUGUUCGGUGUACGAUGGACUUCGAGUGGCUCAGAGCCUGGGAAUUUCCAUCACGGAAGAAGAUUCCCAGCAAUUGAACUUGGAAGAAAUCAGUUUGAGCUUCGAAGACGCUACGUUGUAUCGAGUCAGAGAGGGUAUGGUGCGUUGUGUCAAGAGUUUGAUUUCCAAGCAUCCUCAUUGGUCCAAUUUUGUGUCGGUCAGUAACAACCCAUUCUCAAUGACAAACUGGAUCGAAAACGACACCGACGAGGUGCUGGGCUUCCAGGAGUUCCUUGAGAUCAAACAACGUUGGGAGGCACAAGUCAAAACCGUCGUGGCCACGGCGCCCAAGUUGAAGAAGAUCAAGCUGUCCAUUCAAAGCGCCAUCUUGCUCAACCAAGAUCGAUUCAUCUGGGAGGAUCUGCUCCAUUUGGACCAUUUGAGAGAAUUGCACAUCUACUCAUCCUCCUGGACAGACACUCUGGGGAUCCUAGAGCUUCUGGGCCACAAGAUUGAGGUCCUCAACCUCAUGCUCAACACCCCGACCUCUUUGCUAGAUGACGUCAUCUCCAGCAUGGAAUACAUCAACACCGUCCCGUAUCUGUGCCCCAAUCUGCAAGAGGUCCAUCUCGGCCAUAUCCCAGGAGAUUAUGCCCAUUCCUUGUGUUCCAAUCCUCUAUACGAUUGUGCCACGAGCUAUCAGUUCCUGUCCGUCUUCGAAGCAUCCGGGAACAUGACCUUGGACGCGUUCCAAUUUCUGUGGACCCGAGCCAAGCUCAUCCAGAGCGUCAAAGUGGCCGGGAAGAUUGUGAUCUCGACCUCGAGCUCGGCGAGAUCAUUCGAAGCGGUCACCUUCACCAAAGAUCGGAUUGAACACUUAUUCAACCUGAAUCCCAUGUUCGGACUCAAAGUACUGGAUAUACCCAUGGUGUUCUCGUCCAUCGACUCGGCCCAACUCUUUCUGGAUUAUCUUCCUACAGACAUGAGCCUGAUCUCGAACUUGACCGUGAAGGUCAACAUUCCCGAGACUUUGGAAGGUGAGCCCUUCAGUGAAGUCGUUUCAACCGUUUUGGGGCGAAUGGCUGCAUUUAAGCGGGAUUGUGGAUUACGUCGUGGCGAAGUGGUUUGGAAUUGGAAACGUGAGGGCGUUCUCACCAUUCUACUCCAACAGCAAAUGAUGCUGCCCGUUUCCGAGCUCGUGGAUCCCUGAGGCCUCAGCAUCACAAUAAUACAAUACUUAAGGUUUUGAGGAAUAUAUAUAUAUAUUGAAACAUA